ACGCGUCAGCAGUGUAUCAGUUUCGUUCGCCCAGAAACUUGGAACUGCCGGCGGUUUGAGGAUAAUAACUGCAAUUUUAGGUCUGUUUCCAUGGAAAUAUGUAGUCUGUUAGACUGUCUGACUGUGGUGUUACUUUUUACAUUAAUCUAAGCAUGGCAUUGCCAUGGUGGUAUGGAUCCAGUGUAUAUUAGUUUUUUAGAGGAAGAAGUUACACAUGAAACAGACAACACUAUCGUAGAAGAGACAUUUAACUUGGAUUCCUUUGACGUGUUGGUAUCAUAUGAUACUGACAUUGAGCAGUGGAGAAGAUAUCAGAAACCAUACAGUACAUCUGAAGAAAAUACUGUGAGAAGUGAACAAACAGAAAAACAAUUCAAACAGUUUUAUGAAUUUCAGCUUUCAAAAGCAGAAGACUGUCUUGAAGCUAACUACCGUAACAAUCAAGUAGCAACUCGAAAACAAAACUUUGAUUCAACAUUUGACCCGAAAAACAUUGAGGUCAAAGGUCAUAUGUCCGAGAUAAGCUACCACUCAGAUGCAGAGUCUGUAGUCAGUGGGAGUGGUGUUCUAGGUUUUGGUGGUGACUUUGGUGUGCAUGGUGGGGAGGUGAUUAAGGGUAGGGGUUCUCCUGCAAGUAUUACCAGUAAUGGUAGUAGUAUUUUAAGUGGUGCCAGCUAUAGUUUCUCAAACUACAACCAUCCUGGAACGCAUGAUACAAGCUUUUUUCCACAACGAGAUCUGCACCAUUUAGCAGAUCAGAUCAAAAACUCCCCAGAAAAUGUGAAACUGUCCUCCAGUAACACAACUGGGAAUGGUGACGGAAUAGGUGUUGGGAAUCUAGGUACCGAGGUGAGGAGAGCAAGUCGUGAUAGCGCUUUGUUUCAACCUAUUCGCUCACCAAUAGAAGAAGAAGAGGAGGUGUUAGGGGAUAUUAUUAUAGAUGGUGAACCGGUGGAACAGAUCAUAGCUAGAGACAUUAGCAGUACUGAAGAGUCAUCUAUAGAACCACAGCAACAAAGUGUUGAAGAACUCACACAAGAGUUGAGCGAUCUAGAAAAAGAAAUUAAAAGACUUGUAGUAGACAUUUAUUCUGAGAAAAAAGUUGGUCUUUCUUCAGGAACAUUAGAGACUGAGAAUAUUAGCAGUGAAAACAAUAAGGUGGAAACUUUAGUGAAACCAGUAGAUAACUCAUCCAGUGGUGAAACAAACAAAGGAGGUGAUAGCAGUACCCAUACUCCGGGAGAUUGUGAUUUAUCUAUUGAUGUAUAUAGUAACCCUAAUAUUGACAUCACUCAACUAGUGAAUUCAGUUAUAGCAGAAACUAUGAGGUCUUCCAGUGUAGGUUCUAAAGAAGAGCGCCCUCAAUCAGCUGGUUCCUCAAAUGACAUGUUACAAGCCUUAUCUCAGUCAUCAGGAUUUGCAUUACAACAGUCUUCCAUAGGGAAUCCUAAUUUCAAAUCAGCAUCUGCAGAACAAAUAUCUGCUGUUAUUGCUAAAGCUGAAAAGCAGUACAGAGGAAAACUGAACCAGCACCCAGUGGAAAAAGACAGUGAUCAGGCUAAAAAACCAAAAAGCCAGACUCCUGUUAAAGAGCUUGCUGGUGAUGUACAUGAACCACCGACAAAACUACCUGCACCAGAAUAUUUCAAGCCAUUACAGAUGCCUCACGAGAUACCUGUAGCAAGUGAUUCUACUCCUGUGUCUACUAAGCCAAGUCCAGAGCAGCAUAGUAUCACACCUGAAAGUCAUCAAACAGGUGAUAAACUACCAAUCCGACCAACUCCCACAACAGUCAAAAUGCCAUCUAUGGCAUUGAUUGGACAGAAUACUGGACUAGCAGUACAGUCUGCUGUUGCGUCUAAAUUCUCUCGGAAGGAAGAAUCCACAUCCUUGUUCCGUAGCCCUGUAGAGUCAGUGAUUUCCAGCCGUAACACUGAAAGUACUCUCAUCAGCGGCAAAAAGUCCCAAGAACGAGAAAAAUCUAAGAAAUCACGAAAAUCAGGAAAGCGAGGCAAACAUCUGGAUGAUAUAUCAGUUACCCAGUCAGUGGAAACCAUGUCUAAUGCCAGUGAUACAACCAACCUGACUAGUGUUACAUUGCCCUCUAGAGGUAGCAGUGUCACCGGGAGUUUACCUCACACUCCCAAAUCAGAUGGUAAAUCAAAGUCAUUCUUUGGAUCCAUAUUUUCAUGGGGAGGCAACAAAGAAGGCGAACAUCCACCAGGUUUGCCACCACAUUUGUCUCAGAUGUCAACUUACGAGCAUGGUGACCAUUUAUCUAUACAUGACGAAAACACACAUCACUCACCCAUACAGGAUGUACACCAACCAGUAACCAAUGAGACAACAGAUUCGGGCAUUGGAUUAUCACAUGCAGAUACUCCAAACCAAUCAGAAUCCAGUUCUUUGCCAGCUGAAAGUAUCUCGGCAACAUCAACACCUAUACAGUACCCUAAACACAACAAAGCUGAGAGACAUAGCUAUGGAAUGUCUGGUCAAAGAGCAUUGUUUUCAGCCAGUCCAAGACCUAAACAAAGCUUUGAAAUACAUUCUGAUUCAAGCAGCUCAGAUAUAUACACAGUUAUGAGAGAGAAAGCAAUGUUGGAAGGAAAGUUGGAGUCUAUGGCUUCUGAAGCUGAGUCUGCAAUCCACGACAGAGCACAACUGCUAAGUGAAGUUGCUGCACUGAAGAUGCAGCUGCGAAAUCAACAUUCUACAGCUGAUAGUGCCUUGCAGGAGAAAUCUGCACUGGUAGUAGAUUUAGAAACGCUGAAGCAAAACAGAGUUCAGUUGGAACACAAGAUAUUGGAGCUGCAGAAUAAAAUUGAAGUUAAAGAUAAUGACAUUCAGAAUCUUACAGAUGAGUUGAAAUCAUCCCAAGAAAAUAAUGAAGAAUUGUUUCACAAACUAGAACAGAUUCGAGUCAAUGUGACAACAAAAGAGACCUCCAUCACAAUGCUAAAAGAUAAAAUAUCUACUCUACAGCAUGAAUUGGUAGCUGCACAUCAAGAACAUUCACACUCAGCUGGUGAAAUGGCUUCCCUGGAAACUGAUAUACAGACUCUAGUCAAUGCCAAAGAGUGGUUCCAAGACCAGCUCCAGCAAGCACAAGGGGCAAGAGCAAAACUACAACAAGAAUUAAUGAGGGCGCACAGCAAUGCAGUGUCUCAAGGAACCAUGAUUGAAAAUCUGAAAACUGAGAAUGCCCGAAUUCGACAGCAGCUGACAGAGACUCAGCAGAAGGCUUUGCAGGAGAAAGAAAUGCUUGCCAAGCAUCUGGAAGCUAUCGAGGCUGACAUGAUGAAUCGUGAAGCCACAUUUGAGCAAAUGUAUCGUGAGAGGCAAGCAGCCGAGGAAGCAGUGUCACUGAAGAUGCAAAGAGUUGAAGAUGACAAGAAUCAGUUGAGUAGUUUGAUUGCUUCAUCUGUACAAAUUGAACAACAGCUUGAGAAAAGCAAGAAACAGCUGUAUGUGAAAGAAGCGGCUUUAGCAGUGUUGGAGGAAGAAAAGACGGAACUGGUGAAAAGAUUAACAUUGGCACAGGAGUCCAUCACAUCUAGAGACCUUCAGAUUGAAUCACUAGAAUCAAAAUGUAUAGACCUUGAAGUACAAAUGAAGAACUUGAAAACUGAGAGCUUCAGCCAUGAUGAACUGAUUCAGCAACUCAGAAAUGAAAAGAUCGCUUUGGAAAGUGCGCUGGCUACCGCUCAUGAAGAGAAGAGAAGUAUUGACUUAGCGUGUACGAGAUUGCAGACAGACAUGGGUAGAGUUGAAAAGAGUUUUAAAACCAUGAAGCAAGACCUACAAGUGAAGAUUACUGCUUUCGAAGAUGUUGAUAAAGAAAGAAAUGAACUAAAAGUGAAGUUGGAAGAAACCGAGAAAGAAUUGACUGAACACAAGAAGACAUAUCAAACACGCAAUGCUGAUGUGGCCAGUAAAACCAAAUUGGUGGAGGAGUUGAAGAGCAAUAAAAUCUUACUUGAAGGGGAGGUUGCAGUUAUGAAAAAACGAGUGCAAAUGCUUGAGAACAAUUACGAUACUGCUAAACUUGAGAAAGAAAAUCUGGAGAAAGAUCUUAUCAGUGCUGAGGAGAGUGUUUCUGAUGCCCAGUCUGAGUUACAAACUGCUUUGGAAGGUAAAGCCCACCUAGAGGGUCAAAUUGAGAUGAUGAAUAUGGAGCGAGAGACAUACGCAAUGCUAAUUGAAGAAAACAACAGAUUGAAACAGACAUUAGCAGAGCAGCAGAGUAUUUCACAUAGAGAGGUUGCUGACAACAAAGCAAGAAUUCUGAGACUCAGCUCAGAUCUUAACCAUGCACAAAAAUCACUAAAGGAAAAACAGAAGUCUUAUGAUUCAGCCGUCAGUACUCUGACUAUAAAAUUGAAAGAAGCUGUUGAGGUGAGACAACGUACCGAGGUACAGUUGCAGGCUGUCCAGAAUCAAGUUGUCUCCAUCAAAGUGGAAGAGCAAGAAAAGUUAGAAUCUGAAGUACAAACACUCAAAGUAGAACUGGAGACAACACAAAUCAGAAAGCACACUCUUGAAACUGAACUUCAUGAGUUACAGAUGAAAAUGGUGGAAGAUACUAACAAUUACACCAAUAAGAUAGCGAAGUUAGAGAGAGAAUUGCAGGCCAUGAAAGAUUAUAGUGAGAAUCAAAGAAGAGCUGAAGAUUUCAAUCGAAAGAUGGCAUUGGAAUUAGAGCGUGAGCGGGGAAGAUUAGCAGGUGUAAAACAAAGUCAUGAUGCCUUAAAACACCACACCAGUGUCUUAGAGACUGCACUAGCCAGACGAGAGUCCUCUCUUACUGAAAUGGUUGGACAGGUUCAAAAGUUGAAACGAGAACGGGAGGAUGACGAACAGAAGAUUAACGAAAGACUGUUUGAAUUAGAAGAACUGUUAAAUGAGGAGAAAACUCUUAAUAUUGAAAUUAAGAAAAAGUUGACAGCUGAGUCAAAUGAGAGAAGUAAAUUACAGAGACAGAGUCAUUCACUAAGCACUGAUUUGGAACAAUUACAACAAGAUGUCAACAGCAAAUCCAAUGAAAUACACCAUGUAAAGGAGGAACUCAGCAAGAUUAAAGAGUCUGAAAGACAGCAAAGAACCGAAAAGGAACAAUUACAGCUACAUCUUAAAGGAAGUCGUCUUCAAGUGGAGAGAUUGAAGAGACAGGUGGAUGAAAAGGCUUCUCAGGAACCUGUGCUUCAUGAUAGGAUACAGACGUCAAAGUCAGAGCUUGAAACGUUGCGAGUUGAACUGUCUGCAGCUCGUAAAGAGAAGUUUAUGUUCCAAGCAAAGGUCACAGAAUUGAAGGGUAUACUGAAAGCCACUGUACAACAAAACAAGGUAUGA